UCGAUCCUUCCAGCCUACCUGCUUUCCCUCCUCAUCGGCUCUGAGGACGGCUCGAGGCCUUUCUUGCCCGAUCUGACACCUUACUUGUCCCCGAGUCAAUCCAAUACCGUACAGCCUAGCCCUGCGAAACCCUGUGCUGUGAAGGUUGCACGGCGACGUGGCCAUGAACUUCGAUUCUGGAACGGCAUAUGCCGAGUCGGACGCCGAUGACGAAUACGAGAGGGAUGUCCACGACAGCUCCCCAAUCGAUGCCACCGACGCCGAGCCAUCUCCCACCGAGUCCGACCCUCACUCCAACGAGCACACACCCACCACGUACGGUUACCGCAGCAGCGCCGACAGGCUCCCAGAGACAAUCAUAACCGCCUGGAACGCCGAGGAAUGCGCGGAUUUCCUCGCCACCAUUGGGCUGCAGCAGUACUCGGACGUAUUCAUAGAAAAUGACAUUAUUGGAGAAGCCCUCGUCGCAUUGCUGCACGAGGAUCUGAAGCCGAUGGGCAUCACCAGCGUCGGCCACCGCCUGACCAUCCUGAAGAGUGUUUACGAUGUCAAAAAGGCCCAAGACGUCCCGAUAGAGAGCGACCACUAUGUACCUCUGUCGGCCGAGACCCAAGCGCAGUCUGCGAACGCAACGCUCAAGGAUAUCAAGCAUCUGGUGGAGCAACUUCGACUUCGGGACGAGCGUAUGAGUCUUUUUGAACAGGACUUGCGAAGGCUCGCGGAUGAUUUUAGGAGACUGCGGGAGGAUAUGCUACCGGCUUUGCGCCUGGCAAAAGACGCCCAGCAGCCCCUACCGCAUCUCAACAACAAUGGCCCGGUAUACGGCGGCUACGAUGCGACCAUAUCGCCACCAGCACCAACUCCUUCGACGACUGGCGGCCAAUCCGGCGGCGGAUUGAAGAGGCAGUAUUCGACCAAGAAGAUCGCGUUGGUGGGCACGACGCCGAAGACGAGUUCGCCGACACAUCUGCAAACCACCCACGACCGGUCGAUAGUAGAGCAGACCCUAGAUCCGUCGAACGCGGCCGAGAGAGCCGUUAUAUCGUCUUCGCACCUUGCAGCCAUGAACGGAACCGGCCAGGCCAGCUCUACGUCUCCGUCCUAUCCGCCACCAAACAUCCCCUCGCCCACUUCGCCGCCGACGACCUUUGGAGGAGCGACGCUUGGCUCCAGAACCUACCGAUCCGACCAGCAGACCCCUUCUAGCCGAUCCACAUUCGCCGAGAACGACCAUUACGGCUCGCGCGACAAACCCGUGGCGCCCCGGAGGAUGCAGACCCCCGCGCCAGACACGCCUAGCGGGAGCAAUGCGUCGGUCGAGAUAUUCAAGUCAUUCAGGGUCAGCAUGGACGACCCCUGCUACAAGGUUCUGCCGGCGGCCCUCAAGAAGUACCAAAUCAAUGCCCCAUGGGACCAGUACGCCCUGUACAUUGUCUACGGAGACCAGGAGCGAUGUCUAGGACUCGACGAGAAACCACUCAUCCUGUUUAAGCAACUGGAUAAGGAAGGGAAGAAGCCGAUGUUUAUGCUUCGGAAGACGAACAACGCCCAGGUCGACCUGACAUCCGACUUGCCCGGAAGCGCCGGCCUCGGCGCCUCUGCUCGCGGUGCCGCGACGGGGGGCUACGAUCCGCCAGGCGGCAUAAUAUGAUCGAGUCGUCCUCCACACUCUUAAUGAACACCUCGAGAGAACAACUUCGAAAGACAUGACGAGCAUUACUCACGGUAGCUUGCUUGCGGAGUUUGGGAAGAACCAUGCAUAGCGGGCGAAGACUUUUUUCUCUUUUUCCUUUUUCUUUUUUCUCUUGGACUGGAAUUUUGUGGGUGUUCUACUGCCGCCAACACAUGGGACGUUUCCUUGAUCAAACCACCCGGUACAUCAAUCAGACCUCUGCGACCGACCAUCCCACCUAACACUUGAACAUUUGAAAGAAAACUCGUCGG